CUUUUCUUCACGUAUUGGUCCUUAGUUUUAGCAUAUUUUGUAGCUAGUUUUUCCGAGAACAACAUUCGAAUUUUGUAUACAACCAAGAUGGCUUCCACAGAUAUCAAGACUGCUCUGCAAACACUAUGGCGCGAAAAGCUGGAUAUUGUGGAUCUAAGAAAGGAAUAUCCUUAUGUUUUAGGUUCUCAGAAAUUUAUUGAACAACUGGUCCAUUCAACAUACCUUGGUUCAACACAAAACAUUCAAUUUGCAAAACAUUUAAAGGAAGGUCUUUUGUAUCAGAUCUUUCCUCCUGUGUCUGUCAUUGAAUGCAUUACCAAGUUAUCUCUUGGGAAGAAAUUAAAAUGCUAUAUUUCUGCUGUACAUAUUAUUGAAACUUGUGCUGUUUUGUUGCGAAAAUCCACCUCCUCCACUCCACCACAGAUUUGCAAAACAAUAACCAGAGCCACAUUUUGGCUGCUGGAAAAUACAAUAGAAAUCUACAAAGCAUUAUACAAUUGUAUGAAAGAUUUAUCUCUACUAACACCAGACCCGGAGCUUUGUGUUCAUAUAAUUCAAAAGUCACAGGAUUGUUUGAAAAAAUUGAUAUGCGAGAAAGCGUAUGAAGAUAUGAAUUUUAUUGGAAAGUUGUUGUUUGGAGAGGAGGAAGUGUCAACAUUGCAAAUGCAAAUGAGAGACUUGUUGUCAUUUCAGUUGGAAAAAAUAACAUCUCACAAUUUUUAUGGCCUGUUUGAAACUCAAUUAAAAGAAUUUAUGAAGUUGAUAACCAGGUUUCUUAACACUUUACCAGAAUUCACACAAGUAGACAGACCUAAGGGACAAAUACCCAGCCAAUCGCUGCAUACGUUCUUGCAAUUCCAGGUUCUUGUAUAUCUGUCAACACCUAGUGCAAAGAUAGCAGAUCUUCUUGACACAUGGUUAAAGUUAGAGAACUUGCCACUAGAACAGGUGUUUAUCGAUUUGUAUCGUUUUGCAAGCAACAAUGUGAUGAUGAGAAGUAAAAAUUUUGACUUGAAUACAUUCACAGCAUUUAUGUUUAUUAAGUUACCAGCUGUGCUGUUUAAACUUGAUGAGAAGUAUAAGCCACAGAAUGGUGAUCGUUCAGUUUUAGCAUCUGCUUUACAACAAGUAAUUCAAUUUCCAUCACAUGAUCUCGACACUAUGCUGGGAUGUGACUCAUUUACAACAUUUAUUACUCGCUGCCAAGUCAACAAAGCAUUAGAUAGCAGUCAGCACGACCAACUUUUGAAACUUUGGCAAGCAUCUCACCAAGACUCAAAGGAAACAUCACCAGAUAACUUAGUUAACAAGUUGUUAAUUUGUAUGAAAAGAUGUGAAGAUAUCCUGAAAACAUUUACUCUAAUUCCUAUUGAAGAUCAUAAAGAGAAAAUUUUACAAGAACUACAAACAGUUCUUAAUUCUACAGAUUUGCAAAUGCUAUUAACUACGCUGGCAGCAACAGAUACAUUAGGAGUUUUUAUAAGUUUUCUAUUGCGGAUAAACAACUUUGCUGCUCGAUGUGUACCUGGGACGACUGAUUCCUACGCUGAGCUCCGUGCAGAUUUAUUUAACAAUUCCUUUUUAUUGAUGUCAUAUAUUGAAACCGUAUUUGGUGAAUCGAUUUUUAUUGAAGUUUCAAAGAACUUGGAUGAUGCUUUUUUUAAUGUUUGGCGAAAGAAAUGCACUGACAUAACCUGUCGUAAAAUGUACACACAAUCAAUAUUGAAUGAAAUGAUGGAACCGAUACUCAGUGUGUACCAUCCACAUGCCAACAUGGCUCAGUGGGAUGAAUAUUGUUGGAGUGUUGGUAUGAUUGUAAAAGAGUUAACACAGGCUCAUUUGAGACGUCACUUCACAACCGAAGCUCUUCAAAAAGUUUGUGAAGGAUUUAAAAACAAACGUCCUGCAUUAUGUAUUUGUGCAAUGGUUUGGUUAUGUACACAGUAUAAAACAAUGCCUGCGAGUGAACGAGCUAGGACCGCAAAAAUAAUUAAUUUGUUCAAAAGACCACAUCCAAAUCCUACUAGAGCAGCUAUAUGGACACCUAUCUUAAAAAAAUACUCUGCACCAUUGGAAGCUGAUUUGCAAGCAGCAAAUACUAAAAAUAAACAAGUGUCAUUGGGAUUAAAUAGACCUGGAAAGUCUGCACUAUCGAAUUUGAUACCAUGCAAUACAUUAAUAUUUGAUCAUCAAAUGUUGACAAAGCUCCAUGAAACACACACGUUAAUUGGCACAGGAUUAUUUUGCGAAAGUCUUAUAAAGCUUAUCCUUGACAGUGGCAAGGCUGAAGAAGCUAAACUUUAUGAAGAUAUCUGUACAUGUUUGAUAUUGACAAAACCUGUUGAAUUCUUGGAAGAGCUAUUCACCAACACUUUACAGUCACUAUUUCACAGCACAGAUUCGACAAAAAAGUUUUCUGAUCCACAGGGACGAUGUUUAUCCAGAUGUUUGAGCAAUGCAUUUGCGACAUCUUUAAUUUUAUAUACAGCUACUGAUAAUGAUGAUGUGCCAAGGCCUGCUAAAAUGGCAAAAUUAUCUCAAACAAUGGCCACUCCAUCAGAUAGAGAAAGAAUGGUCGAUGCAUUUGUUACUUUUCUACAAGACUGUGCAGACAUUUUAUCAGCCAGUGAACAAACUGCUGUUUCGUUGUUUAUACUGAACACUAUCGAACAAACUGCCAUGGCAACUGCUAGUGUCAAGCCUCCAAUCAAACUAAAGGAAGAUGUGGCGUCCAACCUUCUGUUCCAACUUCCUGCUACGACGAAUCGAGACACAGUUACCAUGCUAACUGAUUUAUCAACAUUGCGGGGUCAAGAGGUUGCUGCAGAGUUUCUGUUCAAACAAGUUACUACCUCAUAGUGUUGUAUUGUACUUUUUAAAUAAAAUAGAAUUUUUGUAUAUACAAUUGUACCCAUUACAUUUUAUUUAUAUAAAUUUUA